AUGGCUAAGAAAGCCAUCCAUUUUGGCGGCGGCAACAUCGGCCGUGGCUUUGUGGCGGAGUUUCUUCAUACCGCAGGCUAUGAAGUUGUCUUCAUCGAUGUGAUGGACAAAAUCAUCUCCGAAUUGCAAAACACCAAAUCCUACACCGUCACAGAAGUCAGUGAUGAGGGUGAAACCACCAAAACAAUCACCAACUACCGUGCCAUCAAUUCCAAAACCAAUGAAGAAGAUGUCAUCAAUGAGAUCUCUACCGCUGAUAUCGUCACUUGUGCUGUUGGUCCUAAUAUACUCAAAUUCAUCGCCCCCGUCAUCGCCAAGGGUAUCGAGAUCCGUUCCACUCCAAAGCCAUUGGCUGUCAUCGCUUGUGAGAACAUGAUCGGUGGUACAGACACUCUGCACGGUUACAUCAAGGAUAACACCGACUCGGCCCGAUUGGACUCUCUCGGCGAGCGUGCUCAAUUCGCCAACUCCGCCAUUGACCGUAUUGUUCCCGCGCAACCACCUAAUGCCGGUCUGAAUGUACGCAUCGAGAAGUUCUACGAGUGGGUCGUCGAGAAGACUCCCUUCGGCAAUGUCGGACACCCUGAUAUCCCUGCUAUUCACUGGGUCGAAAAUCUGGAGCCCUACAUUGAACGCAAACUCUUCACCGUUAAUACCAGCCAUGCCACCGCUGCUUACUACGGGAAACACAGUGGGAAAGCAACCAUUGCUGAAGCUAUGCGCGAUUCCUCCAUCAAGGAUGCUGUCCGUGACGCCAUGAAUGAGACUGCCUCGCUGAUCGUCGAUAAGCAUGAGAUCACCGCGUCGGAGCAGCAGCAAUACGUCGAGAAAAUCAUCAAGCGUAUCUCCAACCCUUAUCUGGAAGAUAGUGUCGAGCGUGUUGGACGUGCCCCCAUCCGCAAACUGGGUCGCAAGGAGCGCUUUAUUGGUCCUGCUGCACAAUUGGCUGAGCGCGGUGCACGCUACAAGGCACUUCUCGGAUCGGUGGAGAUGGCACUUCGUUUCCAGAACGUCGAGGGUGAUGAGGAGAGUGUGGAAUUGGCGAAGAUCCUCAAGGAAAACUCUCCCGCUGACGCUACGGUUCAACUUACUGGCUUGGAGCGAACGCACCCUCUCUUUCAGUCCGUGUCGGAUGUAGUUUACCAGGUGCAAUCCGAGUCGAAGUAA